AGGCCGCCUUCUGCAGCGCAGCGGCCCGGGCGCUCCUCUCCGCGCGGACCAGCGAGGCGGCGGCAGCUCCUGCAGCCUCCCGGAGACGCGGGCCCCCGACACGCUCCAGCCGCUCGCCCACCACCGCCCCCUCGGCGCGGCCUUAGCACUGCCCCAGCUACUCUCUCCAGAAUGAUUCCCUGCAGAGCUGCGCUCUCUUUUGCCCGAUGUCUGAUCCGGAGAAAAAUCGUCACUCUGGAUAGUCUAGAAGAUUCCAAAUUAUGCCGCUGCUUAUCCACCAUGGACCUCAUUGCUCUGGGGGUUGGAAGCACUCUUGGUGCUGGGGUCUAUGUCCUUGCUGGAGAGGUGGCCAAAGCAGAUUCUGGUCCCAGUAUCGUGGUGUCCUUCCUCAUUGCUGCCCUUGCUUCCGUGAUGGCAGGCCUUUGCUAUGCUGAAUUUGGGGCCCGAGUUCCCAAGACUGGGUCUGCGUAUUUGUACACUUAUGUCACUGUUGGAGAGCUGUGGGCAUUCAUCACCGGCUGGAAUCUCAUUUUAUCUUACGUGAUAGGUACAUCAAGUGUUGCAAGAGCAUGGAGUGGCACCUUUGAUGAACUUCUUAGCAAACAGAUUGGCCAGUUUUUCAGGACAUACUUCAAAAUGAAUUAUACCGGCCUUGCAGAGUAUCCUGACUUUUUUGCUGUGUGCCUUAUAUUACUUCUAGCAGGUCUUUUAUCUUUUGGAGUAAAAGAAUCUGCUUGGGUGAAUAAAAUCUUCACAGCUAUUAAUAUCCUGGUCCUUCUCUUUGUUAUGGUUGCUGGGUUUGUGAAAGGAAAUGUGGCAAACUGGAAGAUUAGUGAAGAGUUUCUCAAAAAUAUAUCAGCGAGUGCCAGAGAUCUGCCUUCUGAAAAUGGAACGAGUAUCUAUGGGGCUGGUGGCUUUAUGCCUUAUGGCUUUGCGGGAACUUUGGCUGGGGCUGCCACCUGCUUUUAUGCCUUUGUGGGAUUUGACUGCAUUGCAACAACUGGUGAAGAAGUCCGGAAUCCUCAGAAAGCUAUUCCUAUUGGAAUCGUGACUUCUUUGCUUGUUUGCUUUAUGGCCUACUUUGGGGUCUCUGCAGCUUUAACACUUAUGAUGCCAUACUACCUCCUGGAUGAGAAAAGCCCGCUUCCGGUAGCAUUUGAAUAUGUUGGAUGGGGUCCCGCCAAAUAUGUUGUUGCGGCGGGUUCUCUCUGUGCUUUGUCAACAAGUCUUCUUGGAUCCAUUUUCCCAAUGCCUCGUGUAAUCUAUGCUAUGGCGGAGGAUGGGUUGCUUUUCAAAUGUCUAGCUCAAAUCAAUUCCAAAACGAAGACACCAAUAAUUGCUACUUUAUCAUCGGGUGCAGUGGCAGCUGUGAUGGCAUUUCUCUUUGACCUGAAGGCACUUGUGGACAUGAUGUCCAUUGGCACCCUUCUGGCCUACUCUCUGGUUGCUGCGUGUGUUCUCAUCCUCAGGUACCAGCCCGGCUUAUCUUAUGAGCAGCCCAAAUGCUGUCCUGAGAAAGCAGCUCUGGGGUCAUGCGGCAAUGCUGCCUCGAAGAGCGAGUCGCAGGUCGCCGUGCUGCAGGGGCAGGGCCUCAGCCUGCGCAUCCUCGUGAGUCCCUCGGCUCUGCCUACACAGCAGUCGUCUUCUCUCGUGAGCUUUCUGGUAGGAUUUCUUGCAUUUCUCGUUUUGGGCCUGAGUAUCUUGACCACUUACGGAGUCCAAGCGAUUGCCCGGCUAGAAGCAUGGAGUGUUGCUCUUCUGGUCCUGUUUCUUGUCCUCUGCAUUGCUGUUGUGCUCACCAUUUGGAGGCAGCCCCAGAAUCAGCAAAAAGUAGCCUUCAUGGUUCCUUUCUUACCAUUCUUGCCAGCCUUCAGCAUCCUGGUGAACAUCUACCUGAUGGUCCAGUUGAGCGCAGACACUUGGAUAAGAUUUAGCAUUUGGAUGGCACUCGGUUUCCUGAUCUACUUCGCUUAUGGCAUUAGACACAGCCUGGAGGGUAAUCCGAGAGAAGAGGAAGACCAUGAAGAGACUUCCCCAGACAACAUCAGUGCCGCAACAAAAGAAAAAUCUGCCUUUCAAGCAAACGACCAGCACCAAAGAAACCUCAGUUUACCUUUCAUAUUCCACGAAAAGAUGAGUGAAUGCUAACGCCUGCAGGAGCUGAGCUGGUCCAGUCUUACUGUACAUAUCCUACAUGGAGUAAACCAUGACCGAGUGUCAUCAUCCUGCUAGGUUGCCAUGGGUUUGCUGCAGACAUAGUUCACCCUAACUUAUACUUACUCACCUGGACAGCACCUCCUCAGAUGGUGAAUUGUGUACCUGGGGAAACCUCCUAAGCUCUCUCCUCAGCGAUGAAUAUCCCCCCAAAAGUGGGAGCAUGUGUGUAUGUGUGUAUGUAUAUGCUGGGGUAUAUGAAUGUUAGAAGUUGUUUGUGUUUCACUCUGACUGCAUUCUGUUUUUCUGGUGUUGUCAUUAAUCGGUGGCUUAUACUGCCGCAGUGGAAGUAAUCACUGAAUAGAAAAGUGCUUUGGACGUGCCUGGUGCAUUUGGGGAAAUAACCAUGGCUUUUCCUUAUUAGGUGUUGUUAAUGUCGAUUAGAACAUGCUUUUUAAAAAAAAUGCAAUUACCCAUCCCGGUGUCUGUCACUGGUCAGGAGUGAGAGGAGGGGAGAAGAAAUGAGCCUUUUCUAUAACUCAUCAGUGCCAGCAGGGGGUUUAAUCCAGAUUUUUCUUCUAUAAAGUAUGGCAGUUUGCGACAACUUCAGCCACAGGCAUGUUUGCGUCCCGCCGGGCUACCGAGGGCGGGAGCGGCGCUCUGGGUCACCCGAUGGCGCCCCUUUCAGCUGCUGUCGUUUUUUGAGAGAAGUGGUCCUUCCUCAGUCCCGGCAGGGGCUUGAGAGCAGUAUGUGUGAUCUACUUGGGGACCCUUUCUGUUAGAAAAUGAAGGUGGUCCCCUGGCAGGAAAGCUUGCGUAAGGAGCAGCGAUGAGCGUAUGUUUGAAAAUCAGAGUCAGACAAAUGCUUGUGUAAGUAGACACCAAGCAUCUUUGUCUUUUAAAGUCACAUACAGUAAGCCAGUAAAAUCUUCCCGGAUCACACGAUUGGCAGAACGAUUUACACUUUUCCCUUUUACUUAAUAACUAAUCACAGUUCAGUUUUUUUAAAAAAAAAAAAAAAAAAACCUCAUCAGGUAUAGAAUUCACUCCUUUGUUCCUAUUAUUUUGUCUUGUCCGAGAAUGGAGGGGCUACACUAGCAAAUUAUGUCUUUACUACAUGCCAAAGAGGAAAGAAACAAAGGGAUACAAGAAGAGGAAAUGUCCCUGUUCUGAGGUUAAAUUGCCUAUUCAGAUGUUAAAUUGCAUGUGCCCCAGUUUGAGGGUUUGGGAUCGAAUUUGCCUUUGAUGUUUCUUUUGGAAACAGUUAGGGAUGUUUUCCUUCCCCAUCCCAUAAAUUGUUUAGCACUUUUUAUCUCAUUUAUUUUUAAUUGACCACACUAAAUCUCUCAAUACCCCAUUCCCAGUGGUUGGGGAAUAAAAUAUCUGGGCUAAAUACACGAUUAUUUAAAGCCUCAAGCUAAAAAAUUAACCUAAUUGAAUCAAAGCUGUAUAAACACAGUAACCUUUAAGGAAUAAAUGAUUUGUUUUAUAUGUAA